ACCAACGAGAAGAACGUUUGAAAAAAAGUCCACGACCUGUGUAACAAAACAAAACAAUGUCGACGGUCCGAUCGAGGUAGGCCAAGAACCAUUUUCCAGAGAAUUCAUCCCCAAGCCAUUUGGAGACUUUCCCGCAUAAUCCCAGAAUUAUUCCAGACAACCAAAACCUGAUGGGCAAGAAAAGAAACAAGAAAACCCCCCGCUCAAAGGGCAAACCCAAAUCCAGAACCCCACCACCCGAAACGCGAAACUGGCUGGACCUUCCACGGGACGUUACCGUUUCGAUACUUUCACGACUGAGAGCGAUCGAUGUUUUGGAGAGCGCGCAGAAGGUGUGCAUGGGUUGGCGCAACAUCUGCAAAGAUCCUCUUAUCUGGCGCACCGUCGACAUGAGCAAUGGUGAUUGCGACUUUGGGGCCUACGACUUGGAUAAGAUGUGCCGCCACGCAGUGGAUCGUAGCUGUGGUAAUCUGGUCGAUAUCAAUAUCGAGCACAACUGCACCGAUGAUCUCCUUAAGUAUAUCACCGACAGGUGCGGUGGUAUCAGACGGCUCCGGUUAGUGUAUUGCUAUUUCACGUCAGUGGGGAGGUUUUAUGAAGUGGCUUCAAGACUUGCUCUGUUAGAGGAGCUUAACAUCUCUUUGUGCAGAUUCUCACCUGAAUCACUGCAAGUGCUCGGGAGCUCUUGCCCUCUUUUGAGGUCAUUCAAAUUGAACCACCGCUGUACAAGUUCAAAUUUUGUGGCAGGUGAGAAUGAUGGCGAAGCACUUGCUAUAGCAGGAACGAUGCACGGUUUGCGUCACCUUCAACUUGUCCAGAACCAGCUCACCAAUGAUGGCUUGAGGGAGAUUCUUGACUCUUGUCCUCAUCUCGAGUCGCUCGAUCUGCGCCACUGUUUCAAUCUUAAUCUGGAGGGAGAUUUGGGAAAAAGAUGCGCUGAGCAAAUUAAACAAUUGCGGCUUCCCAAUGAUUCCAUUGAUGACUAUGAAUUUCCUGCUACGCCAUAUGGUUUUGCUAAUUUUUGGGAGUAUAUUGGCUCUAAUGAUUGUGAGGAUCCUAAUAGUUAUGAUGAUCUUAAUGAUUACGCGUACGAGGCUUAUAAUGACCGAGGCUUCUCAGAUGAUAGUGAUUUCUAGGAUGAUUUUUCCAAAAUUCGAUUGUCUCACUACCUAGUUCGAAUUGGACACCGUCUAGCAGCUCAAAUCUUUGAUGCAGAUGCAGUGGUGUUUAAUUUGGAGGGGAGGGGAUGGGGAAAGAAAAUGAAAAGCUUCAUUCAUCCAAUCCAGGUGAGAUCUUGAAUUUGUCUAGCAACAGACUAUUUCCGGAUUGUUUACAUUAAGCUUAUUGCAUAAGGGAAUAAUGAGGAUUAUGGAAAGGUGGCUUAUUUGCAUCUAUAUAUUGUAUAAAAAUGUGAUAGUUGUUAGCAUGGUUGGUUUUUACAUUGUCCAGUUAUCUUUGAGAC